AGAGGAACACCUGCAAAAUUGUCCAGUUUAAAUAAAAUGGCGCUUUAUCUAUUAAUGAUUUAUUCUUCUUUUCUUGUUGGAGUUAAUGGAGGUUGGUGUGAUAACAAGAACACUGCUGGACAAGAUCUUGUUUCUGCAUAUAGUCGGUUACCAUUGAGUAGAAGAGGAAUGAAGCAUCAGUCUGAUAUCAAGCACAAUCUUCCAGUGGAAGAAAUGAUAAAAUCUGAAGGAUAUCCUGUAGAGACCUAUUAUGUGACAACCCAGGAUGGUUAUGUCUUGGCACUUCAUAGGAUCCCUUAUGGAAAAACAAACAAUAACCCAACUGGGAGAGAAGCUGUGUUGGUCCAGCAUGGAUUACUUUGUUCUUCAGCUGAUUGGGUGAUGUCAACUCCAGAGAAAGGGUUAGGAUAUAUGUUAGCUGAAGCUGGAUAUGAUGUUUGGUUGGGAAACUACCGUGGAAACACCUAUAGCAGAAAUCAUACAACUUUAGAUCCUGACAACGGAGAAGGAAGUUUCUGGGACUUUACCUGGGAUGAAAUGGCUAAAUAUGAUAUACCUGCAAUGAUUGAAAAGGUGCUGGAAGUAUCAGGAAAGAGUGAGUUGCAAUAUGUUGGACAUUCUAUGGGAACAACCGGGUUCAUGGCCAUGCAUCACUACAGGACAGAUGUUGCUGCUAAAGUUCGCUUGGCCCAUCUGCUUUCUCCAGUUGCCUACGUGGGAACAAUGGAGAGUCCAAUUGCAUGGUUAGCAGGACUGGGACCUCUUCUAGAUGUAAUACUGGGCUUCUUUGGAAUAGGAGAGUUUCUACCGGAUAACAUUAUUAUUGACUGUUUGGCUUCUCUUUUCUGUAAUGAGGGAAUAACUCAGGGUAUUUGCACAAAUAUACUGUUUGUUCUGUGUGGGUAUGAUGAACCUCAAAUGAACACUACAUUACUUCCCACCAUUUUACAUCACACACCUGCUGGUGCUUCCACAUCAACUAUACUUCAUUAUAUUCAAGAAGUUAAAUCAAGUAAGUAAGAUCCAAGAAUACAGAAGAAAAUUUCUAAAAUAAAAUUCUAGUGGAGGGGCUUUUUAAGGGGGCACUGUAGUAGGCCUACUACUAAUGUAUUAAAAUACCUCUGAACCACAGCUAAAA